AUGAGGAAACGUAGCUACAGGGCUAUACUCAACAAGGCUCAAAGAUGUGCAUGUCUGGGUAUCACAGGUGCCUUAGGCAGCACCCCGCAGGCGGCGUUGGAUAUAAUCCUGAACCUACUACCCAUUGAGAUAUAUGUUGAAAGUGUGGCAGCAAGGAACUUACUCAGACUAUCUGAGUCUUCCUUGGUGAAAUCCUUGCUGAUAGGACACACUAUGAUACUGUAUGAAGCAGGUCUUGUUAGUCAGGGCAUUACUCCAUCUGGAAUCUCUGACUAUAAGGUCGCAACCUUCAGCUUUGGUGCUUCACCCCCAGUAGAAUUCCCCACUAGGGACAAGUGGGCUGGAUCCGAUCAACUGUUUGAUGGGUGCGCAGUUUUCACAGACGGUUCCAAAAUGGAUUCUGGUAUGAGGGCCGGGGUUUAUUUGGUCGACCAAGACAUCAAGCGCUCAUAUAGACUCUCUAACGAGUGUAGCGUCUUCCAGGCAGAGAUCUUCGCGAUCUGGAAAGCCACAGAGUUGAUAGGGACACACAUCAAUAGGGGGUCUGCAGUGACAAUAUAUGUAGACAGUCAGGCGGCACUGAAGGCCUUGGAAUGUCAUUUAGUACACUCCAACCUAGUAGAGGACUGUAGGAGAGCUCUGGAGGAGCUAUUGGUACACUACUCAGUGAGAUUGUGUUGGGUGCCAGGGCACUGUGAUAUACAGGGUAACGAGGUAGCAGAUGAACUUGCUAGACAUGGUUCUGAUUUGGACCAUGACACUAGGGAACGGGCUGUUAGACCACCCAUUUGUCACUACUACAGGGUAAUCUACGAAAGAUUCCGGGACUGCACGAAUCGAUCCUGGUGCAGUAGAACAGAUUGCAAAGUGUCCAGGGCCUUAUGGCCAAGACUGAAUGCGAACGCGACUGGGACACUGUUAGAGUUGGAUAGGUACAAUCUCAGGAUUCUAGUAGGAGUGAUAACCGGUCAUUGCUCAAUUGGAGCCUUUAAGGGAAAAUGGGAUAUUGACACACAGGACUUCUGUAGAGUAUGUGGGGAUGCAGAGGAGAUAGAGACAGUAGAGCACAUUAUGUGCAACUGCCCUAUGCUACAGGGUCACAGACUUAAAUGGCUAGGAAAUAGAUUUCUGGACGAACUUGGUAGUGUUGCUGGCUGCAAACUAAGCAACAUACUAGGUUUCAUUAAGGGAAUAGGGUGGCUAUUUAAGGGACGUUCUACGGCAGGUCCAAAUCCGUAA